GAGGCUUUUAUUUUGAAAGCGUGUCUUUAGCGGAACUCGCGUCACAUUUUCAUAGCGGUCAUAGGUGAAAUAUUUAGCGGGAGUACCAAAAAUCAACACAGAGCAGGUCGACCCGAUUUUGUUAUUUAUUUUGUUUACUUCAUCAUCGAAUCAAACUAUAUUAACAAUAUAUUGUAGUAAAAAAACAAACUGGUAAAUAAGAAGUAAGCAUUUAUAAUUUAGCUUCCAGAAACGUGCCCUCAGUCAUGUUCUCAGACGUGAUCGUGCCGAAGGAGACGUUAUUGUCUCCUCCAGGCUCGGAGGAGCCCGUGUUUGACCGUCAGCAGCCCACAUACAGCGGCUGCUCGGAGAGAUUCCGCAUCGGCGAGCGCAGCUUCAGCCGCCAGUACGCGCACAUCUACGCCACCAGACUCAUGCAGAUGAGAGACAUCCUCACCGAGAGAGCCACUCACAAGUGGGGCUCUGUCGUGCCCAUCAGGAAGCUGUGUGACCUGCAGAUGGGUGAACAGUGUAUAAUAGUGGGCACCAUAUUCAAAAGCAUGGAGCUGCAGCCUUCUAUCCUGAAGGAGAUCAGUGAGGAGCACAAUCUGUUGCCCCAGCCUCCUCGUGCCAAAUACAUCAGCCAGUCAGAUGAGCUUAUUUUGGAGGAUGAACUGCAGAGGAUUAAACUUGAAGGCAACAUCGACACACCUAAGUUUGUAACAGGUAGUGUAAUUGCCAUCAUGGGUGCAGAGAAGAAUGAUGGGAAAUUCACUGUUGAGGACUUCUGCAUGGCCGACCUUCCUCCACAGACACCCAGACAGUCUCUCAGCAUAGACAGAUUUGUCCUUCUUGCCUCUGGUCUGGGAUUGAAUGGCAGCAGAGCAGACAGUAUGCUGGGAUUGCAGCUUUUGGUGGAUAUGGUAACCGGUCAGCUUGGAGAUGAGGGGGAGCAGAGUGGGGCAGCAUCCAUCUCUAGAGUCAUACUAGCUGGAAAUCUGUUGAGUCAAAGCACUCAGGACAAAGACUCAACAACGAAGGCAAAGUAUCUGACUAAGAAGACUCAGGCUGGGAGUGUGGAGGCUAUCAGACUGCUGGAUGAGCUUCUAAUGCAGCUAGUGGCGUCUGUAUCUGUAGAUGUCAUGCCGGGACAGUAUGACCCAACAAACUACACUCUUCCCCAGCAGCCCCUGCACCGCUGCAUGUUCCCUCUGUCUGUGCCCUUCCCCACCCUGCAGCUGGUCAGCAACCCCUACCAAGCCAUCGUAGAUGGCGUCCAGUUCUUAGGCACAGCAGGGCAGAAUAUCAGUGAUAUUGUGAAGUACAGCAGUGUUGAUGAUCAUUUGGAAAUACUGGAAAGCACGCUGAGGUUUCGCCACCUGGCUCCCACCGCUCCGGACACACUGGGUUGUUACCCUUUCUAUCAGAAAGAUCCCUUUAUCAUGGAAGAAUGUCCUCAUGUGUACUUCAGCGGAAAUGCACCAAGCUACCAAUGCAAACGAGUCACAGGACCUGAAGGACAAGAUGUUCUCCUAGUAGCAAUCCCAGAGUUCAGCAGCACACAGACAGCCUGUCUUGUGAACCUGCGCACCUUGGAGUGCGAGCCAGUCUGCUUCUCCUCUUUUCCCACAGAGGAUGAUGAGGAAAAUGAGAUGAAUAUCAGCCAUUGAACACUCACUUAUCAAUGUUUGUUUCUGUAGUCUAUUCAACAAAAGCUGUUUCUGUUGUUGUGUUUUAUUAAUAAAGCUCCCUCUU